AUGAAUAUUAAAUUUAUUAUUAUGAGCGUUCUUGCAGUUUUUCUAUUUCAAAUUGUCCUCGGUAACAAUGUUAGGAUCAACAAGGAGCCAUGAAACACCUACAUUACAAAAAUUGCAAUUGGAGGGAUCAAUUAUGACCUACAACUUAGCAUUGGGACAAGUUUAACAAUGGUCAUCAGCAGAGAAUGCGCACAUUGUGAAGAGCAUAGGAAUCCUUAUAAUUUAGACUCAAGCACUUUUGGAGUAAUAACAGUGAAUUCUGAACAAUGCUGGUCAACUGAUGUAUAUGAAAGCAAUGAAUGUGGGUUUUUAUAUGAAGGAUUUGAUGAAUAUGAAGCUAAAGGGGCAUUAUCAUUAGAAACUAUUCGAGUUGGGAUGUUUUCUAUGUCAGAAGUCAUUUUCGGAAGAAUUUUUCAUGAAAAUCAAAAACUUAAUAUUGAUGGAAUUUUUGGAAUUGGUCAGCAUAAUUUGAAAAGAAAUUAUGGACCUUCCUUGCUGGAUUUGCUAGUAGCGUAAGUGACAAGUAGGAAUGAACAUAUAAGGGAUGUAUUUUCUUUUUGUAUGACAAGUGAAAAGGAUAAAGAAGGCUUUUUAACGUUUGGUGGGUUUGAUUCUGAGUAUUACCAUAUCAGUGAUUUCAAAUUGUUUCCUAUAGAUUAUAAUGAUCGCUAUUCUAUUCCUGUUAUAUCAAUUUUUCUUAAUAACUCUGAGUUUUGAAAUGGAGAAAUCGAAGGUAUUUUGGAGACAAGAAUUCCUUAUAUUUUGCUCCCUGAAAAGCUAUUUUCACAUUUUAUUGCUUCUCUAAGUGCCUACUAUGGCACUGAUUGUGACCCUUUAUUGUGCACAAAAACAAAUAACACAUUUUAUGGAAAUUCUAUACCAUCAACCCCAGCCAAAUUCCCAAAAUUAACUUUCACGCUAUCAAAUAAAUCUACUCUAAAAAUCGAUAUAAAUGAAAUUUUUAUGAAAUGUCUGAAUUCUAAUGAUUACUGUAGCAUAAUAAAAUUUUUCCCUGAAGACUAUAUAGUCAGUGACACUGGCUGACACGGGAUGCUUUUGGCUCAGUUUCGAGCCAAAAGCACCCCGUGCCAGUCAGUGUCACUAACUAUAUCGUACUAGGAGCACCAGUCCUCGAAAAAUUUUAUGUUACAAUUGAUACUGAGUCAAGAUUGAUAGGGCUUGCAGAAGUUAGUGCUUGUGCUCAACCAUUGAUAUUAUCUAGAUUCAGUACAUGAGAAGACAGCUCCUGGGCUUCUAGCUUUAAGCUGACUAUGAUUUUGACAGCUAUUGGGAUGAUAGCAGUUAUUAUAUGGUAAUUUCUAUGCAGGUAUUGUGGGAAAUCUUAUGAGCUGGAAUAUGAAAUUAUACAUGCAGAUGACGAAUAA